ACACACACACACAUACACUUGCAUACAUUAUCAUCAAAAAGACACAAUAGAGAGAAAAGAGAGUGAAACUGAUUAGCCACAAUGUAUCUUCGACUUCUCUGUCUUGUCCUUCUAGCUUCUUGCUUGACACAUCAAGCCUUUGGCCGUGGUCGUAACCGCCCACCGCGUGAAGUAAGCUCGUAUCCUUCAUCUAGCAUCACAGUCGUCGGAGUUGUCUACUGUGACACUUGUUCAAGCAACACUUUCUCAAGACAAAGCUACUUCUUACAAGGAGUGGAUGUUCAUGUCAGCUGUAGAUUCAAAGCAAGCUCACCAAAGACAACAGAGGAAGUGAACAUAUCAGUGAACAGAACAACAAACAGAAGCGGCGUUUACAAGCUGGAGAUCCCUCACGUAGACGGUAUCAACUGCGUGGACGGUAUCGCCAUAGCUUCUCAAUGCAGCGCCAAGCUAAUCAAAACAUCGGACAGCAACAUCGGCUGCAACAUCCCCGUUUUUCAGACAGCAACCAACGAAGUAUCCAUCAAGUCAAAGCAAGACCGUGUCUGUAUCUACAGCUUAAGCGCACUCAGCUACAAACCUUCCCACAGAAACACCACACUUUGCAGCGGAGGAAAGAGGCAUCACGGGAGAGAGAAGGAGGAGGAGGAGAAGGCGGAGAAGAAGUUUAGAGACUCGAAGUUCUUUUGGCCGUAUCUGCCACCGUACUGGUUCCCUUGGCCGUACUCGACUCUGCCGCCGUUGCCUACUCUGCCUCCCCUUCCUUCCUUCCCUUUCCCUUUUCUUCCUUUAGCUAACCCUAAUCCAGCAUUGCCUGCGUUUGACUGGAAAGAUCCCAUCACUUGGAUACCUUAUCUCCCACGUUUCCCUCCCGGUGAUCACAAACCUUAGGGAUCAGUUUACCUCCACCUUUGGCUUUCUUCUUUAUUCUCUCUGUUUUGGCUUUCUUCUUCUCUCUGUUUUUUUGGUGAUCUCUUUUGGUUGGGGUUGAUUAUGUUUGUGUGUGAUUGAUUUGCUUAUUAUUGUGUAAAUUACUCUUCCAUUACAGAACAAUAUAGAUUUGGGUUUGAUGGACUUUUGUUUAA